AGCUCUCUUCCCCCGGAUCCGAGUCCCAGCCGAAUCCUCCACGAGGGCAAUGCCUCCUGCGCUGAGUCGCAGGACGCGACGCGUGGCCUGGAGCAGAACACAGAGCAGCUGCAGUAGUAAGGAAGGAAGGAAAGACGGACGGACGAACGGGGAUUGGGAUCGACGACGUCGGUAGCGAGCUGGCGAUUCGUUAUCUGAGAGCUGGAGGAGGAAGGAGGAGAACAAGACGAAGACAAAACGAGAGGAGCGGAGCGGUCCAGCACCGAGAGUAUCUUCGAUUUUGUUCAAUGCAAUCUUCGUCCUCUUCAGAAUCUGUCUCUUCGUUCUGAUUAGGCCACUGCCGUCGUUUGUGGAUCGAUUGAUUGGUGCAAGAGAGUUGGUGAAAGGCUGGAUCUCGAUUCACUUCAGUUCACUUUGGCUUCACUUCAGCUCAGCUCCUCGUAGCUCACCCUCUGGAGUACCGGUCAAAGUCGCCGCAAUCUCAGCCAGCCAGUCAGUUACUCGGUCAACCCACAGUAGCAGUCGAAACAGCCUUCGGUACAAUACGGUCAGCUGGCCGGUGGCCGGUCACUCCGUAGUAGGGACGUGGUACGUUCCAUGCUUGCUGGCACAUCGGAGCGAUGCGUUCUUCUUCUCCUUCUCGUUUCGUCUCGUUCGUCUUGAAAUUGAUGAAUGUCUUUGGGUGAUGUGCAUGGAUGGAGGAGGCCGACGAGAAAUUGCCUUUGAUGCAGGGACUCGGGCCUCUGCCUCGAGUCCCUGCGUGCAUGUCCACUCUGCUGCCCCGAGGAUCUGUCUGCAUUCGAUGCCGACGUGUCGGAAUGAUCCGGACGAGCUCUACGGGCUCUCGUUUCCAUGCCCCCUGCCGACGUUCUCCUCGGGCUGUGGAGGAAAGGCUCUAUCCGUGCUUCACCUUCCGGUCAGUCGGACUCGCCUUCUGAUGCACCAUGUCGAAGACCAGCGGGACGGAGGCUAAAUCACUGCAGGACUCGUCGAUUGAUGUACCCCUCUGCAAAGUUUUUAACGACCCCGGUUCGUGUUUUUGUCGACAUGCGCAUGGAGUUUGACGUGCGAGCGAUCGAGAGACCUCGCAGUUUGUGUCCGGGUGGAGUAGAUCGUCGAGACUGCGAGCAUAGAACUACACAAAUUCUCCCCUCGAUUCGCCAUCUGCACAACCACCGGCUUAUAUGAUGAAAUACAAGCAUUUGUUCUACUCCUGAUAAUAAACGACAGCCAGUUGGACCGAAUGCUUCUCAUGACUCUGUCCUCUCUGGACUGUGAUUUGGACUUCAAAUAUCGACGACGAAUACGCGACGAUCACGCGGGCAAAUCCAUUAGCAGCGCAGCGAGACUCGAUCUGUUUCUGAACGUCUGGAAAUUUUGAGCCGACUGUGAUUCGCUCAAUGAGCCAUGGAGCAGUGCUUUGGCGACUUCCGAUUUUCCUGGUCUCUUCUGCGUAUGACAAUGACCGAAGAAAGCAGAGUGUUCCUAGAUAGUACCUGGCAUUGACCUGGUCUCCUUAUGGAAUUGUGUGAUUUCGAAGGCUACGAGUAUUGUGUCCAGCGGAAGAGGGGAUCAGGUAUGAAAGCAUAAUCUCGUAAAUUGACGAGAGAGAGAUAGCUGGAUCUGCUGUCCAUACGCAUUUUGGGCAGACAAGCACGAGGACGCCUAUAAUUCAAGUCAGGAAAGCAAUCCAAGGAAGACAAAGACGAAAAACACGGUACUGUCAAAAGAAUGAGUAUGUCCUUAUGUUUCGCAUCACCAAAACAAACCUCGCUCUGUAAAUGACGAUCUCUGAACUUUAUACGAUAUUUAUUACAAACAUGUAUCAGCUCACAAGUGGAUCAAACUGUAUCCAAUCUGUACUAUAGCAAAUCUAUCUUCAACGACACUUAGAUUCCUAAAUCAAGAAUUGUCUCCCAACUGCAUUCAAUAUGUAGUGUGUAGACAUGCGUUAGCACAUCCAUCUCCAACUUCGCGGUGAGCAGAACGAAAGUUUGCACUUGAAAUAUUUUUUCUUGAUACUUCCAACCUCAGAUCCACUCUUCUACGAAUUGCGUCAUGAUGCACAAGAACUUGUCUCUUGAGAUCACGUCCCGAUACGCAUUUUGGGAACUGAGCUAGUCCACAUGCACAGUCUACUAGACGCGGGCUUUACUCUGUAUUCAGAGACUGUUCAAGCAUUCAUAGGGAAAUUGGACAGAAUAUCGUGAAACACAGAAACCAAUUUUUCUGGCGGUGAGAUUCUGUGCCAAGUUUCUGAAAACCUCAAAUCAUGUUCUUGAAAGGUAGAACAAUCCGUUGUGGGAUUGGUUUUCCAUGCACUGUAUUCAAUACUGU